CGCAAUUUCAACAACGGCAACCACAAACCACAAAGCGAAAGGAAGACAAGAAAAGGAGGAACGACAACAAGGAAAUCACAAUUCAAGUCAAAUCGAAGGAAGAAAGUCAGCAAGAGCAAUAAGGAUGAAUCAGUUUGUGCAACGCGUAGCGAACUACAUUGCCAAUGAAGUGCUGAUCAAGGGUUUGGCGAAUUCCAAGACAUUUCAGCGUUUCGCACUUCGCACGGACCAUUCGCUGCAACAGGUUAAGAAGCAAGGCACCGAGUCCUUUGAAGAAAUGACCAAGAGAGCUGCAUCUACCGUCACUGAUGGAAGCAGUAGUGGUGCGGCGAUGGGAACUCCAGGAGGACCUCCAGCGCCACCAUUGCGCGGAUUUCCUGGUUUUAUAAGAGCCUUUUUCAAAGAAGUGCAACGAGAUUUGGGUGGUGGUGGGAAGUAGCUACCGGUAGUAGCUAGGACCUAGCUAGCCAGAAGCUGAUGGUGGUCAGAAGAUUGGCAGAGCUAGUGAUAUUGAAAGA